CUCCGCCUUUAUUCCCCCCCUCCCCGCUCCUUCCCUCCCCUCCACCACCUAUCCGCCGCCUCCCCCCACCCUCCACAAACCCACGCAGCUCCAGCGGCGCAGGCGCAUCCCAGCUCACCGGCGGAGAUGGGCGGCCCAGGCCUCUACUCCGGGAUCGGCAAGAAGGCCAAGGAUCUACUGUACAGGGACUACCAGACCGACCACAAGUUCACCCUCACCACCUACACCGCCAAUGGCGCCGCAAUUACUGCUACCAGUACAAAGAAGGCUGAUCUUAUACUCGGUGAGAUCCAAUCACAGAUCAAGAACAAAAACAUCACUGUAGAUGUGAAGGCCAACUCAGCAUCGAAUGUCAUUACUACAAUUACCGCUGACGAUCUUGCAGCACCAGGGCUGAAGACCAUCUUGAGCUUUGCUGUUCCUGAUCAGAAAUCUGGAAAGGUUGAGCUCCAGUACUUGCAUGAUUAUGCUGGUAUUAAUGCAAGCAUUGGCUUGACUGCCAAUCCUGUAGUCAACCUCUCCGGCGCGUUCGGAACUAGUGCUCUAGCUCUUGGUGCUGAUGUGUCGCUUGAUACAGCCACCAAGAAUUUCACCAAAUACAAUGCUGCACUUAGCUACACUAACCAGGAUCUUAUCGCAUCCCUGAACCUGAACAACAAGGGAGACAGCCUGACUGCAUCCUAUUACCACAUUGUGGAGAAAUCCGGCACAGCUGUUGGGGCAGAGCUGACCCACAGCUUCUCAAGCAACGAGAACAGCCUCACCUUCGGCACCCAGCAUACCCUGGACCCGCUCACCCUUGUGAAGGCCCGGAUCAACAACUCUGGCAAGGCCAGCGCGCUGAUCCAGCACGAGUUCAUGCCAAAGUCGCUGUGCACCAUCUCGGCGGAGGUGGACACCAAGGCCAUCGAGAAGAGCUCGAAGGUCGGCAUUGCUAUUGCUCUCAAGCCUUGAUUGCGAAAUCAAGCCCCCCUUCUCUAAGCUCUCAGUCAGGGGUGUUCCUCGGUUUCGGAUGAAAUCGGGGUGGGUUGACAAUACUUCACACGCCCUUGGGCGCGUUGUUGCAGUCUGUUAGAUUUGAAGAACUGCCGUGUUUCAUUCCUGAGGAAUUUUGUCUUUGCUCGGUGUAGUGCCUGUCCGUUGAGCCACACUCGCAGUAAUAAUUCAAGCUCUGAAAAUUCUGAACU